AUGUUGGGUCAGUCGUUUUCGGAUGUUACCUUGGCACUAUUUCUUCUAUAUGUAUCGAUAACAUUGGUAGUAACCUUUCAAAUAUGUAGAAUUAUAUAUAACAAACAUAGAAAGGUAGCAUUUAGGUUUGGAUUUCUUUUAUUAGGAUUUUUUUGGGGAUUGAUAAGAGCUAUAUUUUGGGGAACCUUUUAUCGUUGGGAGGGCAAUUUAACAUCCUCUAUACUUUAUUGGAUUCCUGUAAACAUUCAAUUUGCAACAUAUGCCUUGUUGGUACUUUUCUAUGCACAUGUUGUCCAUAGAAACUCUUGGGAAAGAAUAACCAAGAAACGAUUCACUAUUGCCUAUGCUGCUGUUAAUAUUAUACUCUUAAUACUACAGUGUAUUUGGAUUGGUAUCGAUUAUAGAUAUAUAGAGAAUCCAAAUUUAAAUCAACCUGCUUGGAUAAAUCAAAUCCAAUUUGUUUUGACUGGUAUUGUAUUUUUAAUAUUAGUUUCUAUAUUGGCAUUCUAUGGAUGGAAACUUAGUCAUGAAAUUAAAUCAACAAAGAAUGCUUUACAAUCACAAUUACCAUUAUCAAUUAUACCUAUAACCUUUGUUAUAUUUUUAUGUUUCACUUCUCGAUGUAUCUAUAAUUUUGUUUCUGCUUUUGGAAAUGUUUCAAUCGAUUUGGAUAGUAAAUCGGGCAAGGACAUUUCAAUCAUCUUGCUCAGCUAUUUAAUGUGGGAGAUUCUCCCAUAUAUCCUCAUUUUGGUUUUGUUUUGGCGUAUCCCAUCGACACAGAUCGGUGGACUUAAUCGUAGACAGAAACAACAGAACCAACUCAUCUACCCUGCCCUUGCUGGCCAAUCUCAGGUCAGAGGCAACGUCCCGGCCAUCAACCAAAGCCACCAACCACCUGGUGCAUUGGCUCGAUUAUUCUUGGAUCCCCAACGUUACGACAGCGAUGAUGAGACUACCAAUCUUCUCUACAAGGGUAGUCCCAGCAUGUACAAUGGUACAAGAAACUCUCCCUACAGUACCACUCCAAUCAUGGAAGAUCCACAUCACCAAUCCCAUCAACACAACCAACAACAAAAAGAUAAAGAUAUAUCACCAUCUUAUUAUCAACCAUAA